AGUAAGUGAGACAACGGAUGCGACCAGUUGACGCGGUUUGAUGUGUUGGGAUGUUGGAAGUUUGGUCUGGAAGGUCGUUGGCGUGUGAGAUGAACAAGUCAGCUUCCAAUGCGGCGAGGAGAAAUGCCCCAAGACUUGUCGUACCCAGUGUGGUGUACUAAGUUAGCGCCGUUGGUUUUGCACUCUUUCAGUCGGUUAGUCAAUACGGAGACUUCAGUGAGGUUUGUACCGUGACAGUGUGCGUGUCGUUUGUGAGGUGAUGAGCUGUUAAGUGGAUGUGGAAUUAUUCUCAAAAAUUGAAAAAUAGUGUCUUGAGGUGGAUUUUUCCGUUGGGAUUUGGUGUGAGUCAGAAGUCAGUGUUUUUGAGACUGAAAUUGUAUGACGAUGGUUCUUUGGCAAGAUCUCAAGAUGACCCGUGGUUUAGUGUUAAUAGCCCUAUUGUUUUCUCUCAUCUCGCAAAUGGACGCCCUGACUUUGGAGGAAAAAAUCCGCGAUGAUCCAGAACUAUCUCAGUUUUAUUCAUUAUUGGAAAGGAAUCAAAUUGCAAACACGGCCCUCAACUUCCGGGCAUUGACACUCUUUGCACCAACCAAUAAAGCAUUCCAGCGCUAUUUUGGGAAUAAGACGUAUGUCCUGUACCACAUGUUAACUGUGGCAAAUACUUUGGAGCAAUUGAAACCAUCUGUGACUUCAGACAUGGAAGGAAAUCCACCAUUGUACAUAACGAGAAGACGACACCAGAACAUAGAUCAGAUAUUUGUCAAUAAUGCGCUAAUUAUAAAGUCAAGAUCGAAUGUGCAGCUCAUUAACAAGGAGGGGAAGAAACAAAUUUUGCAUGUGAUUGACGAUGUUCUGACCCCACUCACAACAAUUCCAUCAUCAACUGUAGAUGUUCACAAUCCGGAUGCUUUUCAGUUUCUCACAUUUUCCGAAAGUUUAGACAUAGGCCACCAUAGGGUGAGAUCCUAUAGGCAGAAAGUGAUCAUGCAUAAGAAGGAAUAUCUGUAUCAAACUCCAGGAGCGCACACAUUCUUGAUACCCGUCGAGGAGGGUUUCAAGUCACCACAUAGGCCCGAUAUGAUUGAUCGCAAAGUCAUUGAUGGGCACAUUAUACCGAAUCGGACGGUAUUUACAGCGGCAGCUCCACUGGGUGAACCCCUUCCGACAGCUGCCUUCGAAGACAAUUUGAAAGUGUUGAUCACAUUCUUUUCCCAGGCAGAUGGCAAGAGUGUACGAACAUAUGUUAAGUCACAAACACUCAUUGGUGAUUCUGUGCAUGCUCCUGGAGUGGUUCUGUCGGAAAUUGUGAGAGCUAACAUCCCGGUGGAAAAUGGGGUGGUGCACUUGAUCCAGAGACCAUUAGUCAUUGUGGACACCAAUGUUAUUCAAUUUCUCGAGGAGAAAGAGGAUGGACCACUGUCGAAGUUCUUCGAAGUUAUACAAGAUUUUGGCUCAGAAUUUGUACAGCAAAUUCGUCGGAUGAAGGACGUGACCCUAUUUGCACCAAGCAAUGAAGCCUGGAGUGACAGUAAUUUGAACAAUAUCAUUCGCAAUCGGGAUAGAAUGAGAGAAAUCCUAAAUCUACAUAUUGUUCGCGACAGAUUAAAUACUGAUAAGAUUAAAACAAACAACCUCAAUCAGAUUAAUCAAGUUCCAACGCUCGUGGAUCGACGAUUUCUCUACUUCAACAUUUUCACAAAUCGUGACCGAAAUCAAACGAUAACUGUUGAGGGUGGUGGUGUAAAUGCCACAAUAAUUCAAGCGGAUAUUGCGGCCACAAAUGGUUUCGUUCACAUCAUUGAUAAAGUUCUAGGUGUACCGUACUCUACAGUUUUGGAUAAAUUGAGAACGGAUCCUAUGCUAAAAGACACUUUCAGAAUUGGGAGUCAGAAGAAUUUCAACCAGCAGCUGGCAGAGAAGACCAAGCGAUUUACAUAUUUUGUACCGAGAGACAGAGCAUGGAAAAAUUCAGAAGCUGUCUACCCUCAAGCUCUACGAAAGCUCUUCCUUUCCGAAUUUGCAAAUCAAGCUGCAGAUAUUCUGGGACGUCAUCUUAUUGUUGGCGACAGGGCAUUUACAAUGGGAGAAUUGCGACAAUUUGUCAAUCAAACAGUUGAACUGCCUACGGUUAAUGGGAUGCUGAGGAUUCGCGUCAAGGAGGAAGAUCGACGAUAUUCAAUUUUGUACAACAAUCGAUGGAUUCAGGUGUAUCGGCCAGAUGUAGAGUGUACCAAUGGCAUCAUUCAUGUUAUCGACUUUCCCCUCCUAGAUGACACAGAUUCCAUAAUUAGUGGAGCAUCACCAAAUUACCUAACUCUCGCCUCCGUGGUACAUUUAUUCUGUGCUAUCCUCUUCACGAAGCUCCUAAUGUAAGCAUAAGCACAACGGUGCGACAUUGCCAAUUGAUAUUAGGAGGAAAAUAAUCAAGAAAGACUAUUUAACGAGAAAGAAAACCCAGGGAUGAUGGCAGAUUAAAAAACGGGCCAUAGUUAAGUGAAAAUGUGCCCCCUACCCCAGUGUUAUCACGAAAAAAAGCUCGGGAUUAUUUUAGCGUAUCGACAAACACUCCCAAAAAAAAUAACAUAAUCAACAUUGUCGUGUGAAUAUAACUUUAAAUGUGCGGGCGCUUCAAUGCCAAAAAUACUCUAUCUUCUCUCUAUUUACUCCUCAAUUUUCAUGUCUAGAGAGAUUACAUAUGACAUACUAUCAGGAAAAUCAUCUCGGAUUAGGGAUUUAGGAUGAUGCUAGCAACUGGAGGUAUUAUCCCUCCAGCUAUGGAACGCACAAUUCGACACAUUGUGAGAGAUAUUGUGGUGAAAACUAAGAUAUUUACGAAUGGAUCUUCAAGAAAGUAAAAAGAUUCUUCUCAUUUUGUAUGGCAUUUUCCGCUUCUCAUCUACUUCAUAUGGAUUUACCAAUGAAGAGUGUGUUAUGUGGAAAUGUUCAGCAAAUAAUGUGUGAAUAGCAUUUGUGUCAACACUUCCCUCAGCAUCUCUCCCCAAGAAAGCUUGUUUUUCACAAGUAUACUUUUGCGCCAAAAAACCAAUAUUUAAUUUAGAACGAACGAAUAAUUCAUUUGCGACAAGUAUUUCAAUUCUCAUUCACACUUUAUUAUUCUCGAGGACUCCAUUGUCCUUUGGCUGCAGGAGGAAGAAUUGUUUUGCAACUUGCAACUUUUUGAACUGACAUGUGGGUGUGACUAUUUUAAUCCAGGGCAGCAAAGUCACGUCAAUACAUCCCUGAGUAAAUAUAAAUUGAGUUUUUAUGGAGUGAGAAUUACUCGAAGUUGAGCAAAAUAUUUUAAUUAAGGUUUAUUUUGGGAGUUUUGAAUACUUUACCAUGCUUGCAAUUAUUUAUUUUUAUUACUUCUUUUUUUUUAUUAAAUAACUUUUACGUGCAAAACCAAGUAUUAGUAAAUGAACAAUCCAUAUUUUGCAGAAGCAUUUUUCAUUUAAUUUGUCAUUCGAGAAUUAACAUUCCACUGCAAAAUGUACAUCGGGUUGUACAUUCAAUUUUAAAUGUAAUCCCAAAUUCAAAUUAAAUUUGAAAUCAGGAUGAUUCCUGGUACAUUGACAGCUCUUAAUUAACCUAACAGGUGUCAGUUGACAUUUCUGUCAAAAUAAUUCAAAAUCUGGUAGCUAGACGAAAUGGACGAAAUUGACAACUGUUCAUUCCGUUCAUUCCAAAACAUCAAUGCUUAUUUGUUGCGUCAAGUUCUCUAUUGUUACGUUUCUUUAGUCUUCAUUUAAAGAUUCAGUAUAAGAGAUAAUGGGGUAGUUUCACGCCCACGAAAUUUCGUUAAAGUCUAAUUUGCUAAACACUUAUGACAUAAUAUUCAAGAUAAGACCACCUACACUGAGAAAAAAAGAGGGUGCGAUUGACAUUUUUUCCUCAGGACUUUAACACUUUUUAUGUGUAAGAAUAUAUUAACAUUUUUUAAUGUUAAUUUUACACCUUAUUAAGGGUAAAAUUAACAUGAAAAAUGGCACCUUUAACCCCUAAUACACCUAAAAAGGGUAGUAUUUACACCGAUUUUGGAUCAAUACUGCAAGGUAAAAUUAACAUUUCCGUAAUGUUAUUUUAACUUUUUCGGAUUUCUCUCAGUGUAGAUUCUCUUUGGUAUUUGCUACUUGAAAACUUACAACACAGUUCUCAUACAUGCAUGUGUAAUAUUGCCCCACUCUCCCUAAACUGCAUUACGAGCCCUGUUCAAUGGGUUUUAAUUUAGCACCUUUAAAAGAUUUAAUGUUCCUUACUUCAUUUAAAAAAAAAUCGAACCCUAAACCUUCGCGGCAGAUAGUUAGUCUCCUGCCUAUUAAAGUGUUGAGGAUCAAGUUUGAAGUAUCACUACGGUCCUUAUAGGGUUCAGUUUGUUAUUAUGGUCUUCGAACUUUGCAUCAACUCCAGUCUUUUACCCUUAACGAGACUCGCCUACUUUUGGUGAGAGGUUUGCUCGUUCCACAUUUCAUGUAUGGGACGUAACUUUUUUUUCGAACUGACAAGACUUCUUUUUAAAAAUGCUGAAUAAAGCAUUUAACUCCCUUGCGAGGUAUGUAUUUGACCUUGGUCGCUUUGAUCAUGUCUCCUCUUGGGACGCCACAAUUCUGGGACGGGCAUUACUGGAUCACCUUCAGUCUCAGGCUGUUGAGUUUAUCCGUCGCCUGUUAUGGACAGGUCGCCCGGCAUAUCUUGCAGGGUUGAUUGAGCGCGAGUCGUCCGAGAGGUCUUCGUGUCUGCUCGUUUCGAAAUCCGUGGGUCGCAUCUUGCGUUGCUCUUUAUUCGUUGGGGGUCAUUUUUUGAAAUAAACUCCAACGAACUCGUAAGCGGGAGCCUUUGAAUCGUUUUGCGUCAUUGAUUGAAAGUAUCUAACAUCUGUUUUUCCUGUUUUUUCUUUUUAAUUUCUGUUAUUCAUUUGUAUUUUGUUUUUUCUUUUUAUUAUGUACACUUUUCUUGUAUAAGAGGGCAUGCCCUACUGUGUAUCAAUAUAAGGGUGUGCUUUUUCUGUGGUUCUUUACUAAGUCUUGUUGUUACAAAAUAACAGUGAUCUGAUCAGCUUGGGAUUGUAUUGCCAAUCGCUCAAAUAAUUUUCAAUGCACCUAGGUGCGGUUGGACAAAAUAGUUCUAACCACGAACCUCUGUUUAGGUGUAGCACUAUCCAAUUAGCCAAGGAUCCCCGUAUAUCAUUUUAUACAAGGCGAAUGUCGAAAGAGUGUUUUGACGGCUGUUAAACUAAGCGUAAUUUGACAGUUACUGAACCAGUUCUAUUGAAGAUACCGGGAAAUAACUAAACAAAAUUCAGAAAACGAAUAACUUUUGGUUCUGGCACACCUUUUAGAUCUGGUGAAAUUUGAUUCUUCACUAGAUGAAAUUAAAACGCUGAAUCAAUCAAUGAUCAAUGAAAAAUCAAUGAUUUGAUUUAUUUUCAUCUCUAUUAUUUCCCACCUCUGUGCGGCCAUCGCUGUCUUAGCGUCGAUUCCAAUCUGGCUCGCCUAAUUGCUGAUUGCUGCUUCAGCAUCAUUAUUGGCUUGAGAAGGACCUGCGUUUUCAUUCUGAACAGAAGUAACAUCAAUUUCCGGUACAUUUGGACCAAAAAAGUCUUCUGGAAAGACUAUCUGAAGAAGUAAUUGAAGUCCUUCAGACUUCGCAAUUGUUUCAAGUUCCUGUCCUAAUUUUCACCACUUUUUCUUGAUAACGUCCGUUUACCGAUAGUUUUUGGCGCUUUUGUACCAAAUAUCUGUCUUUUCUUGCACUAUAUUAAUCAGAAAAUCACACUUUUCUGCAGUCCGCAGUAUCUUUACUUACAAUUGUUUGCACAUCGGGCGAAUUGUCAAACAUGUCAAAAGCAAAUUCACCAUUUGGGAUGCCACUUGCGAAUUUGCAAGGAAAUUGAACAACCAAAAUUCAUGUAUACUUAAUUUCUCACAAUAGAUUAAAUUUGGAUUCCAGUGCGAAAGACUGGAAUACAAAUAUGCAAGACGUUUUAGACGGACAGGAAAAGGUGUGCCGGAGAAUUUAUAUCUCUUAAGAGCUAUACUGAAUAGUUAGAUUCGCCUAAUUUCCUGAUACUUAAAAUAUACUGACAGUUGUGUUCUCGCGUUUUUUUUGACAAUUAAAAGGAAAACUGUCAAAAUAGAAGUUUGACAGCUAAUUAAAUUCUACGUAAAAACUGUCAGGUAUAAGCAAAUAAAAUUAUCGUGAAACAAAUAAUUUUACUAAACAAUUCCUCCACCACUCUUUAUAUAGACCUCAUUUAAUUAAAACCAAUGAAAUUUGCAUAAUAUUGUUUCUCAAAUGUUUUGUACACAGAUCUCUCGGAUAUCAGGCACUGUGAUAUCUGGCUGACAGCUGCUAAAUCCUGACAGUUGAUUAAUUCAAUUCUUUGAUUUACUAAGCUUAUAGUUUGUUCAGCGAGAAUUAAAGUGUUAUUUUCAUUUUAUCGAAGUUUUUUUUGUGUAUAAUUGUGCUAUAAAAUGAAGCGAAAACAAAAUACGAAAAAAAAAUCCAUUGUUCUUUAGUCAGAUAAUAAAUUCACACAGCAAGAAAAAUAAAAAAACCAUUAACUAGAUUUUAAAAAAUCUAAAUGUCGUUUUGUCCCUCAAUCAGCUGGACAUAGGAGAGACCUAUGCUGUGUAUAUAUUUAUGCUCACUGCUUUCAGCUUUCAAAUCUAAAUUGGGUUUGCCUGGUUAUGUCAUCUCUCGCGUGAUCAUCAAUCAAAAUUCAAUUUAGAUUUGAGUGUAGAAGAAUUGGACAGUAAUAUGCAAUACGUUUGAGAAAUGGAUUAGAAAUUUUGAUUUUAUGAAGUUUUCCCGAUCUAAAAUGUGUGGCAAACGUAUCAGCAAGUAAAGAAGUUAACAAUCGUGACAUCCAGGUGACAGCUGUCAAAACACGAGAAAGUCAAAAUAGAUCUAAUUUUUCCAAGGGUUUUUAUCUGUAAUUUUCGGUCCCAAUCAUCCGAAUAUCGAACCGCCUAGUGUACUUGAAUAAGACAUUUUGAGAUAUAUAGUGAAAUGAAAAAAACUAAUAGAAAUAAGUAAUAAAUUCUACUAAUAAGCGUAAAAGAGCAAAAAAAACAUUUUUUUCUCCCAGAAUUGAAACAUUUUCCGUGUGAAUGCCAAAUAUUUUUUAAACGGAUAUCGUUUAUCAUCCUUUAGAAACUUUUGCUUUAUGUGGGAUUUUGCGCGAGUUAAAUUGUUUAUUGAAUUAUAAAUUUCCACUGUAUCAAUAUUACAGUUUUUGCUCGUGUUUUGCAUCAAAUAUUCUCUAUUAAUAAGUGAUAAAUAAGCGAUAUGUUUUUUUUGUUAGUUCUGUCGUGUUUGAUGAUAUGAUGACAAGUGAUUUGUGUUUUUAUGCACUAUUUAUUUUAAAUGCUUUGUUUAUUUAAAAAAAAACAUAAUUUGAUAAAGGAAAUUAAAGAAGUGAAUAAACUGAUCUGUCAAGCUAGGCAUCUGACAGAUAUGUUGUUUAAUUUUGACACAUGUCAAAAGGCUGUCAAUUCUAGUUGCCGGAUUUAACACACCUAAAAUUUUUCAAUCUUAUUUCUAAUUUUGUCAUAACUUUUUUGCUCAAUUUCGAGUUAUGGAACCUUCUAACAUUCAAAUUGGCACAGAAUUAUUUAAAUUUAUGCAAGGAAAAUCAAUUUAAAGUGUUUUUAGGUCAACAAAUUAAAACAAAAUAAUUUAAUCAAAACUAGUCUCGUAUUUAAAAUAAAAAAAAUUCUUUUGCCAAUUUGAUUUUAGUGGUUGUGUCGUGUAAAUAUUGAAGACCAAAUUUUAUUUAAAAACAAAAAAACAAGAACCCUUGCAACAAUUUUUAUGGUAAAAAAGAGUUUAUCUGCUGGCACAUUUCAUAAGCGGGUAAUAAAUAAAUACAUGUUCUUAUAAACUGAAAUAUUUAGACGUACAUUGAAAAAAUAAAUAAACAAAAAAAACAUGCUGGGAACUUAGUAAUAUUUUAUCGAGAAAAAACAUUAUUUAAAUAAAAUGUGUGGAUGAUAUAUUUUAGAGUAAUUGAAGGGGGUAAUGGAAAAAAUACAUUUAGAAAUAUUUAAGACAAGUUAUUAAGAAAAAACAGAGAUAUUAAUAGAGGAUUAAAAAGUGAAACCUUUUAGGAUACUGUCUCCUGACCUUUUAUAAUGUGUCUCAUUUGAAAAAUGUAUGCUUUUAUAAGAGUCUAGUUUUAGUUAUGAUCUAAUAAAAUUAUAUAAAAAUUCAGAUGUAAUGUAUCUAUUUUUAAUAUAGUCUACGAAUGAAAAAUUAUAAUAAAAAAAAUCAUGUUGUUCAUAAGUUAGCGAAAAAAAAUGAAUUUAGAGAGUAAUGUGAUUUAAAUUGGCUUAAACCAUCUCAUUAGAAUAUAGACAAAUAACAAACUAUCUAUUAGAUAUUUCACCAAACAUGAAAAAAGUAAUUGUUCACACAGUAUAACUCAUAAAAAUAUUAAUAACAUGAAAAAAACCCUAUAGAACCCUUAAAAAAUUAAAGCUGCUUUAGUGCCUCACCACUGUUCUCUGUAAUAUUCUAUAGAAAAAAAAGUAUGAAUCAAAUAGCAGGAAAUAAGGUACAUAAUACAUUGGGUGUUACUGAAACAAUCUCAAAGAGAAUGAAUUCUUCUAUUGAUGUCUGGGGAAAUGAGCUUUAACAUCAUAUUGAUUUUGUGAAAUUAAAUUAAAACGUGCUGGCGUCAGAAAGUGAAAUAAUCGCAAUUCAAUUUCAUAACAAACUGAACAAAAUAUAGCCAAACGGUAUCAUAAAGAUAAUUAAUGGAUAUUUUAAAGUGAGACUAUUGAAAACCUAGUAAAUCAAUUUUUAAAAUAUGAACAUUAAACAAAUCAGGAAAUUAAUCUGGAAACAUAUGAUUAUUUUAAAAAUCUCCAUUUAAAAUCUCUAAUAUCGGUUUUCGUUCUCUUAUUUGGGUAAAGUAUAGGUUAAUUCGGAAAAUUUUAGGUUAUGUCGAGUCCAUAACCUCGAAAGUAAAAGACAUUGGGCCCUUAUAGCUUACUUACUUUACUUAAGUGACCACUUACGUUCAUUAACUCUUUCCGGACCACAACAUUUCCAGCGAACGAAUUUCAGUAAAACUCACUUUAUUGUAAGUCUUAGUGGUCAAAUAUGAUACUUUUGUAGGGAAAGAAUUUUUUCCGCCUCUGGGAAAUUGGAAAACUCAUGGGUACUCUCGUCCCCAAAAGAACGAAAAGGAGACAAACUUCAAUUUUCCAAAAGUCAAUAAUAUCAAUUUUGUGAAUUAUUUUUGCGUGUCAAAUGACUCCUUUACAAUGUUGAUCAGUAAAACAAGAAGAAUUAUUGACCAGUAUCUUCUGAGAUGUCCAGGAAGUGGUCAAGAAGACACCAAGUUCCUGCUUGCCAACAGAUUCCUCAAAAUAUUCCACACAAAAAGACUUUAAAACACAUUUCUCUCAACACGAUGUUAUUGCAGACACAUUAAACUUUUUCAAAAGCAUAAAAGACACUUCCUGGACAAUCUGAAUUCACCAAAAUCUGGAAGAAUAGGAAAAACUUCCUCGAAAGCAAUCUCCCUCGCUGUCAAAUGUCAAAAUUAUCGGCCAUAUUGGCAAAAAUGUCGCUCCCGCUUUUAAUUUUCUUACAAGGUUGGUGUCAAAAAGCAAAUGGCGGGCAUUGGGGGGAUAACCUUACAUUUGACCUCUAGAUUUUUGGGGACGAGAGGACCCAUAAAGUUUGAACAAGUUUUUUUGAAAAUUUAAGAAAAAAUUGUUUAUCGAAUUUAUGCAAUCUAUAAUUGUUAGUUAUCAUACUUAUUGGACCCGAUAAUAGAAAUAUCAAAAAAGUCACAAUAUCUGCAAGGAAGCAGAAAAUCGAAAAUUCACGAUUUUUGACCAAAAAUAUCUUAGCUCAGGAGUUAAUUGGGAUCCUGCAAAAAAUAUCCUAGAUUUGGACAUCCUUAUAGUUUGUAAUCAUCCACAAGAAUCGGAUUUUUAUCGAUUCUAAAUAGUCCAAAAAAAUUCUUUUUUCCAUGGAUACCCAGACCCAGAGUCCCAAAGGAGGCGAAAGAGUUAAGGACUUUUCGUAGACGCAAAAUAUGCCGAUACAUGCCUGUAGCUAUUUCCAAACUAAGACAUUUCCUAUCCGCCACUUGGGACGCGCCCGAUGGGUACAAACUUUUGACAAACUUUUGAAAAUAAUUGUUCAUAUUAAGAGAAUUUUCGCUCGAAGAUUGACAUGUAUGACAAUGUCAUAUGACAAAUUUUCACGGUAAAUUCUGGAAUAAAACAUUAUUAAACCCCAAUGGGCAUCUAAUGGCCAUUGUAAGCAGCUCUGUGAAGCUCACAAAAACUGAUAUGAAUCGGAUUUUUAAUUAAUUUUUACGAAAUUACCACAUAAAAAAAUAUUACAUUUGUCAUAUGACAUUGUCAUACUGUUACAGAAUUCCCCUACAGACCUUACCAUGAUAUAAUUUAGCGCUAUGAACUGAUUGUGAAGCGAAAUUACAUUACGAUAAGGCUUAAUUAUCUUUAAAUAUAAAGAAAAAUACCUGUUUUACGGCGUUAUCACACUUGCACAUUAAAAUUUUAAUGUAAUUCACAUUAAUUGUCGCUUGUGAGCGUCCAAAUAUGUUAUUUGUGUCUUUGAGUCAUUUAAUAUUUGGGGUUUUUCUAUUUAUUCAUAAAGAAGUGGACUUGGCCUGCAAAAAUAAGUUUAAAUUUACCUAAAGCAUAAAUAUUUUUCAUAUUAAAAAAUUAAAGAGAAAAUCGCAUUAAUUUUUCGCAUUAAUGUUAUAAAUCAAUUUAUAUCAAAUUUUGCGGGCCAAGUCUACCUUUUUAUCAACAAAUAGAUCAAAUUUUGAAUAUAAAAUGAUUCAAACACACAAAUUACCCAUUUGGACUCUCACCAGCGACAAUUAAUGUGAAUCAUAUAUUAAAAUUUUAAUGUGCAAGUGUGAUAACACAGUUAAAGCAGUCCCAAUUCAAAGAUGCCCUACUGCCCUUAAAUAAAAAAAAUGGCGAAGAAAAAAUCGCGAUUUUGAAACUCGGUAAGUUCGAGUAUUCUACAAAAGCUGAUACGCUUUAUAACUGUUUUUUUUUUCUCUUUCAAUUUGAUGAUUUGAUUAACUUCCGGGAUUAAGUGGUAAAGAAAUUAAAUUUAGAUCUGAUAUUCAAAAGCUUCAAAUGACUCUUUGAAAACGUUACUAAAUAAGUGAAGAAAAUCUUUUGAGAUUCAUUCAAGAAGGAUUAAUAUUCUCGAUUUAUUGCACAAAAAAAUCCUCUGUGAGUUCUCAUUUAGCGAAAAUUCUCCUGAUUUUCAUCCACUUCAAGACUCUCAAAGAAAAACAAGCAUUCAAUAACUCACAACUCUUUAGGAAGUAACUUUUCGCAUCAACAUCAAAUAAAGAUACUUAAAAGACUUUUUAAUUGAAUACCGGGUUUUAUAUUAAAUUGAGUGUAAAGCACACAAAAGCAAUAAAAGGAUACUCAGUCAAAAAUCACAAUUCUGUGUACUUAUAGAAAGAAAAAAAAAGACCCCCAACCACCGUCUCCAAGUGCAAUUUUUUGGCCACAGAAAAAAAAGGGAAAUUCAUCUAAAGUGGUCGUCAAGUGCAAUGAGAUAUUUAUUGCAUUUGAUGAGGACUCUCAAGCACUUAGCAAACUCCCAUCAAUGGAUAGGCGUUAAAGUAGAUCCUUUCAUGUGCUCACCAAAGCGUCCCUAAUCAAUUUUCCCACCCUCACCAGACACCCUCCAGAACCCCAUUUCCCGCCCCGUGGGAAAUAAACAUCCAGUUGUAGUGUCUUGUUCUGUGUUCGGGACAUUCAAGUGAAUUUAUCGUACAAAUUGAACUGUUGCAUUCUCAGCAUGUAAUUCUGUUUUCUAAUAAAAUGUAAAAGGCGUUAGGAAGGACAUUCAUUGAGAUUUUUUGGGUGGGAAUUAAAAAUUCCAAAAAUUCACUGAGAAUGUCAAUGUUUUAUUGAGAGGAUAAUAUUAUUAACAUUUAAGUGCCGAAUAUUAUUUUAUGUAUGACAUUGUGUUUGUACCAUAUAAGAAAGCUGAUGAAAUAAAAUCUCGUAUAAUGUGA